AAUCCACCUGAAAAAGAACAUAAAGAGAGAUAGAUAAAAUAGAUAAAAUAGAUAUUUUAUCAAACCGGACAGAACAAAGAUCUUGUUAGUUAGUUACUUACUGUACUCAGCCUUAUCCAGUUUUUCUCAAAAGAUUUUUCAACAAUGAACACAUUCCCUGCUUCCACUGAAAUGGUUGGCUCCGAGAACGAGUCUCCGGUUACUACGGUAGUAGGAGGUGAUUAUUAUCCCAUGUUGGCGGCAAGCUGUCCGAAGAAGCCAGCGGGUAGGAAGAAGUUUCAGGAGACACGUCACCCCAUUUACCGAGGAGUUCGUCUGAGAAAGUCAGGUAAGUGGGUGUGUGAAGUGAGGGAACCAAACAAGAAAUCUAGAAUUUGGCUUGGAACUUUCAAAACAGCUGAGAUGGCAGCUCGUGCUCACGACGUGGCUGCCCUAGCCCUCCGUGGAAGAGGCGCCUGCCUCAAUUAUGCGGACUCGGCUUCGCGGCUCCGCAUCCCGGAGACAACCUGCCACAAGGAUAUCCAGAAGGCUGCUGCUGAAGCCGCAUUGGCUUUUGAGGCUGAGAAAAGUGAUGUGACGAUGGAGGAGACGAUGGCGGUGGCUUCUCAGGCUGAAGUGAAUGACACGACGACAGAUCAUGGCAUGAACAUGGAGGAGGCAACAGCGGUGGCUUCUCAGGCUGAGGUGAAUGACACGACGACAGAUCAUGGCGUAGACAUGGAGGAGACGAUGGUGGAGGCUGUUUUUACGGAGGAACAAAGUGAAGGGUUCAACAUGGCGGAGGAGUCGACGGUGGAGGCUGCUGUUGUUACGGAUGAACUGAGCAAAGGAUUUUACAUGGACGAGGAGUGGACGUACGAGAUGCCGACCUUGUUGGCUGAUAUGGCGGCAGGGAUGCUUUUGCCGCCACCAUCUGUACAAUGGGGACAUAAUGAUGACUUGGAAGGAGAUGCGGACAUGAACCUCUGGAGUUAUUAAUACUCGUGUUUUAAAAAUUAUACAUUGUGCAAUAAUAUUUUAUCGAAUUUCUAAUUCUGCCUUUAACUUUUAAUGGGGAUCUUUAUUAGUGUAGGAAACGAGUGUAAAUGUUCCGCCGUGGUGUUGUCAAAAUGCUGAUUAUUUUUUGUGUGCAGCAUAAUCACGUUUGGUUUCCUUUACACUCCAAAUUUAGUUGAAAUACAAAUAGAAUAGAAAAGAGAAAGAAUGUUAUUAAAUGAAAACGGAGAAAU